UUUUCUUUUCUUUUUUUUGUAUCAACCCAGUCAUGUGUGGCCAAAUAACUCAAAGAACUUGGAAAGUUCUACGACAGACUGACACACUCCAGUCAUACACAAGCAGCGAGUAAGACGGGGUCAAUACGAGACAGCGGUGUGUAGCCUAGACUUUAGUAAGUAAAUCACCCGUCUAUGCCAUUCUCCUCAUCAAUGGCGACGAGUGCGCGUGAUUUCUCCCAAACGAUACCUCCCCAUACGCUGCGUCGCCUCGCACAAGAAUGGUUGUCAGAAGACACGCCAAACUUUGACCUGGCGGGACUGUGCGUGGGGUCGCGCCCAGUCAAGGCCCGCUUGUUUUGCAAGUCACCUGGCACCGUCCUGGCGGGCUGCCCCUUCUUCGACGCGGUCUUCAAAGAGGUCGGAUGUGCUGUGGAGUGGACCCAUAACGAGGGCCAAAAGUUGGGUCCAGACCCGGUGACCCUCACGGCGGUGGUGACUGGCCCGGCCCGGUGCGUCCUGCUCGGGGAGCGACCCGCUCUGAACUGCCUGGCGCGGGCCUCGGGCAUCGCCACGCGGGCCACCCAGCUGCGCACCAUGGCGCGGCAGGCCGGCUGGCACGGGCAGGUGGCGGGCACGCGCAAGACCACGCCGGGCUUCCGGCUGGUGGAGAAGUACAGCAUGCUGGUGGGGGGAGCGUCCACGCACCGCCACGACCUGAGCGGCAUGGUCAUGCUCAAGGACAACCAUGUCUGGGCAGUGGGCAGCAUUACUAAGGCGGUGAGUGACGCUCGUUCGGUGUGUGGCUUCAGCACCAAGGUGGAGGUGGAGUGCCGUAGCGAGGAGGAGGGCAGGGAGGCAGCCCGCGCCGGAGCAGAGGUCAUCAUGCUGGACAACCUGCUGCCACAGGAGCUGCACGCGGCUGCGCUGGGCCUGAAGAAGGAGUUCCCCCACGUGAUCAUCGAGGCCAGCGGAGGGGUGACGCCGGAGACCCUGCCUCGCUACUUCUCCCCCCACGUGGACGUCAUCUCGCUGGGCUGCCUGACCCAGGGCUGCCCCGUCGCCGACUUCUCCCUGAAGGUGCCGAGGCCCAACUCCUGAGCAGACCGGUCAAUCCCGGCUACCAUAGAUAUAUAGAUAUAUAUAUACAAGACAUGCACGUAUAUAAACGAUGUACAAGUACAUAAAGCUGGAAUAUAAUUGAUUUUAAAAUGAUUUGAAUAAAAACGGAAAAAAAUAUAUGGACUACAGUACAGAAACACCUCCUGAAAAGGGUGAAUCAAACACCCCUUGAAAAACUUUGGAAAAUCCUGUUCUUCUUGCAGGAUGGUUCCUUUGUACAAAUAAAACUACUGUAUGUGAAAGACGUAGGGUGCAUUCAUGUGCUCUGGGAAUUAUGGUAAAUACCAGUGAACACACACAUAAGCACACAUAAACGUCCCCUUUGUGGUAUUUUCCACUGUACAACUCGUCAUUUUUUAUAUACGAGUUUCCGAGACUGGAUGAUAUCUACUUUCGAGAGCACAUGAAAGGCACAAUAAUAUCUCUAGGCUGCCAGAAUCAGGGUUCCUGAAGGUGCUGUGGCCCAACACCUGAGAAGAGGUGGGUGGGGAACCUGUCUUGAGGAGCCCGCCACAAUGAAGUGUCCCGUAUUUUUUUUUUUACCUUGAAAGUUGGCAAUCCUAACCACAGUAGACAAGAAGUUGUCAAUUUUGGGUUCAGGAAGUGAAAACCCUACCACAAACCCUACCAGCUCUUAAUCAGCUGAUCAUGAGUUCUGCAGACAGGCAGAACCUGAUUUAUCGAAACCGUUGUUGCUGACCACUUAGAAACUUACUUAGUUGCAAAUGGGUAGCUUCAACGGUAGUUACAAUGCGGUUGAGGUUCACACUAGGGCUGCACGAUAUCAGAAAUAAAUUUGAUACUCGAUAACAUCAUGCAAUACCUUGAUAACUAUAUUUAAAAGAUAGAAAUAUAGCAAAGUGUUUUUCUUGUCACUAAUUUGUCGGUCUGUGUCGGGGGCGUGGCUUUGGUCAUGUCGGGCUUCUUCAUUCAGCUAGUGAUUGGACUGCACAGAAAUGUUUUACUUGUUACCGAUACUGAAGUCAUUUUCGGGAUACGCAUAUCACCACUCUAGAUUUCGAUACAUUUUCGAUAUAUUGUGUGCAGCCCUAGUUCACACACAGAACAGCUAUUCUGUGAAGUUACAUUUGUUGGAAGCAAACUGUCACAGGGAUUUUACUUUUGACACCGUUUUUUUUUAGACAAUUCUGCUCCUGGGUGGUGUCAAGGAGUGAUUGCAGCAUCCCCUGGAGACACAAUGCUGGAUUUAUGCCAGCAGCUAACAUGCCAGUUAGCUUUUGAGUAGCCUACAUCGGGAUGAAUCAAAUGAGCGAUAUGUGUUGUUUCUUUGUCUAAUUUCUUUUUGUAUGUGCUGUUGUGCUCAGCUUAGGUCAGGAGCGAUGUCCUUUGUAGUUCUGCUUGAUUUAGCCAAAGUCAAAGUCUUCCGUGUCUGUGAAUUCCCCAUGUCACAAGCAUUACAUAGCCUACACAGCAGAUGGAAAUGGUGCUUCAUUAUGCAUACUAACAAUGUUAUUUUUUCAUUAUGCCAUCUCACAAAAUUGUGUUUCAUUAUUCCUACUUGCUAGUGUGUGUUUCAGAAUGUGCCAUAUGAAGAUGAAUCAAGGAGGAGUCAUUUACGCUGUUAAUGUUUGUUUAUUGAGCGAAACGCUCUGCUGUCACUACAGUGUUUGUGUGUAUUGGUCAUCAUGUGAUAUCUGUGUGUGUGUUGUCAUAUUCCGUUCAAAUGUAAUCUUAUUAGUUACCGCUCAUGCCUGGGACAUAUGGAAGUGAAAUGAACGAAGCGAGGCAAAGUUGUGCUCCUUUUGUUGCAAAAAAAGUGUUCCUUUCGGUCUGUGGUCAUCAGGUUGUAGCGGUGAAUCAAAUCAAUUAAAACAUCUAUGUUGUGGACUUGAUUGGUCGCUGCAGGCAAAAUUUGCUCCUCAUUUGCAUAAUUUUCAAAGUGUGAAUAUUGUCGCUUUAUCCCUGUUUGCAUUUCUUUUCCCCACUUUGCUUGCACAUAGGAAGAAAUGGCAAAUUUAUUUUCACUUUGAAAUUCACUUGCAUGUGUCCCUAGCAUCUUGCUUCUUAUCUACGUGUAGGUUGUGCGAUCAUUUGCUGUAUUUAAAAGUUUGCUCUGUGCCUAAUAUGUUCAAAUACAAGUACAAAUGUGAGCUAUGUUGAAUAGUCUUCCACUAUUGACUUUCGUAGACACAUUCUGAAAGGCUAUCCUAAAUAGUUGUGUACACACUUUAUAUUCACAGUGAUUAAUAAAUAAUAAAUAUUUUUGUGCAUAUUA